AUGUACAUGCCACAUUGCGGCCACCUUGACGAACAUGCCAGCUUGCUAUCCCAAGACAUGAAGGCACUCGCUGAGAGUUUCUCAGAAACCGUUGAGCCCCUCAACGUAUGGAAUAGAAAGCGAAGUCCCAGACCCUGGAGCCCAGAACUUCUCGGCAAGGAAGGCCACUUAGAGGUCGUCGCCCUUCUGACGGAGGGCCGAGGCGAUCGAGAGGCCAGAUACAAUGGUGCCACAGCACUGUACAUCUCAGCGCUUCGUGGCUAUGUCCCCAUCGUGAAGCGACUGAUGGUGGCAGGUGCAGACAAAGAUGCAGCCACGCCCUCCGGCGAGACGGCACUCUUUGUGGCUACCUUGCGAGGGAAGGACGAAGUCGUGCAGGCCCUCCUGGAAGGGAAGGCCAACGUCAACAAGGCAACUGCAGAUGGGGCCACGCCGCUGCUUGUCGCUUCACAGGAAGGCCGCAAGCAGUGUCUGCGGUUGUUGCUGGAGGCCGGCGCCGAGAUGGGCAAGCGGAUGACAAGUGGUGAGACUCCGCUGGGGUUGGCCUGCAGUGAGGAGGUGAAGGAUCUCUUCUUCACCACGAAGCCGCCACACUCGCUUUUGAGGCGCCUCCACUCGCCCUGA